UGCUUUUUUCCCCUGAGCGGGUCAAAAAUCGCUCUCCGUGGUACUGAAGUAAGAAAUACUGCAGAGCGUUCCUUAAAAGUUUUUUUUUUUUUCUUGUGAUUAAAUGUCCAAACAAGCAAAGCAGAAAGGAUAACUUUGGUGGAUUUUUUUCAGUGUAAAAAUAUGUUGAUUAUGGUAGAAAUAUUUGGUCACCAUAUUUCACUUUUUCAUUUUAUUUUGUUUUAUAUAUUUUCAUAUGUGCGAGAUGUUGGUUACCACAAGAUGCCGCACGAGACCGUUAGAAUGAAUUAAUUUGCAUUCCCGCAACCCCUCCUCUGUGUACAGAGAAAAAAGAACAGACUGUCGCCGACCAUCACAGUUUUGCACAGUCGGUUGUGGAGACGAAGCCUGAAGUAUGACCAUAUUCGAAAAGGAAAUUCAUUUUUAAUGGAUUUAUGAUUUGUUGAUUUUCUCUUUUCCGUUUGUUUUCUCACAUCAAUGAUGGUUUUGGGAACUCGGAACGGAUCCACGUGGAUUUCUUUGCUCGCGCUGCUUUGUCUGUUUGAUUAUUCUGCUCCGCAGUUAACCUAUUCAAUUUCCGAGGAGCUGAACAAAGGGACAGUAGUGGGGAACAUCGCAAAGGAUUUAAAUCUGAACGUACAGGAUCUGGAGAGCAGAGAUUUACGCAUCGUUUCGAGUUUCAGUAAGACGUAUUUUGAUGUGAAUUUACGCACCGGGAGCCUCUUUGUCUCCGAGAGAAUAGACAGAGAGGAGCUUUGUCCGCAUGUAGAUAAAUGCUCCAUCAAGAUACAAGCUGCUUUAAACAAUCCAAUGAGUGUGCACAGAAUAGAGGUUAAUGUUCUAGAUGUGAAUGAUAAUUCACCUUCUUUUGUUGAACAAAUGCAUUGGAUAAAUAUAUCUGAAUUGAUGACGCCAGGAGAGCGAUUUCCACUCCCAGUAGCUGUGGAUGCAGACACCGGAAAUAACGCAGUGACGAGUUACAAGCUGAGCCAAAAUGAUCAUUUUUCCCUUGAUGUUCAGAGCGGUGGAGAACACAGAGUGUCUGCUGAGUUGGUGCWGCAGAAAGCUUUAGACAGAGAAAAACAAGCAAUAAUUAAACUUAUCCUGACUGCUGUAGAUGGAGGAAAACCACCGAGAUCAGGGACCUUACAGAUAAACAUUAAUGUUUUGGAUGUUAAUGACAAUACACCCGUAUUUAGUAAAUCAUUGUAUAAGGUACAAGUUAGGGAAAACGCUGUCCCCGGAUCAUUUGUUAUUAAGUUGAAUGCAACAGAUUUGGACGAAGGGAUGCAUGGUAGAAUUGUUUAUUUCUUAAUAAAAACGGGGAACAUCGAUCCAUCAAAAUAUUUUGUUCUAAAUUCAGAAACAGGAGAACUAAAACUUAAAGGCAAAUUAGAUUAUGAAGAAACACGUGCUUAUGAAAUAAGAGUUCAAGCAAAAGAUCAAGGAGC